AACAAAAACGUUUCAUUCAAUUCACAAUAUAUCAAUAACAAUAUACCUAAAGACAAGUUUUAUUUGUGAAUAUAAAUAUUAUAUAAAAUCUUACCAGAAUAACUGCGCGUCAUCAUUAUCAUCAUCAUCCGGUUCAUUGUUUCCCAUUGACCUUCACUUAUUCCAAAAAAAACAUUCUUCGUUUCUUAAUAUCAAUUGUUCACGAAAAAAAAUUUUCAUUUCGAAGACAAUACUAUUCGGAAAAUAUACACAUUUUCGCUAAAGAAAGAAAAGAAAAAAGAAGCAAAAACACUUUGAAAUUACUUCUCUAACUUUUAGAAAUAUAUUUUCACAACAAAAAUUUCUUUCUCUCUUCAUCUUUUUUCGAGUGAAAAAGAUGAAAAAUAAAUAAGAAUGUGAUGCGAAAAAUUAAAAGAAAUGAGAAGGAAGCAACCUUUUAGGAUUACAGGGCAUCGAUCGUUGCGUUGUAAGACAGAGAGUCAUCGUCAAAGGUCAAGUAAGGUGUCGCGUGUAAAGAUUGUUAUUUCACGUGCAAGACUUUAAUGCUAUAUAUGAGUGCGCGCCAUUUUGAUUCGUCAUCCACCACAUCGGGAAAUCCUCCCUCCCCACCCACCCUCAGUUAUACUCUUUCAUUUCACCGCGAAACUGCGAUCACCACCCGUUUUAUACAGUCGUUGUCGUCGUUUUACAACACUUUCAAAUGGUCUAUAAAUGCAAUUCUUUUCUCGAUAAACCGCGCGGAUGAUUGUGCUCUGCUCGCACUGAAAGUCUGUCUUAUUUCCUUUUCCAUAUAGAGGACAAAACUACUAUAUUUAAAGUAGUUUACAUAUUAACUAGUAUUUCUAUUUAAGUUAACAUUAUUACCAUAUUUAUUAUUUUUUAAUCACCGUUUUUCCUAAAGAUAGUAAAAAGACAAUAUUAUUACCAACAACUAUUUCUGUAUACAAUUUAUUUAUCACUAUAUUUUUACGUUUUUUGUCAUAUCUAAAGAACCAAUAACAAGAAAAAACUUUCAACACUAAAGAAAUGAGAAAAAUUUUCUCUUUAAUACCAAGAAAAAAAAAUAAUAAAUAACAAGGGGGAAAUACGUUUUCUAUUAAAGAAAUUCACAUAUAUACAUAGAGCGAGGCCGCGUUCUGGCGCCACGCAUUUAACUGCGCAGAUAUUUUCUAUCGCAAGAAACCAUUGCCAUCGUGUAUAUAGUCAUUGUCAUCGUUAUACAAACUCCCUAUCACUAAUACUAAAACUAUCUCCGCUAAGAUUCGGUAUCGCGACAACAUGCAAUAAAGCCCUUGUCACGCGUCAUGCUCACGCGUGUAAACAUUGCGGGCACUGGUUCUCGUAUCGAGAGACAAAGAAGAUAGGGAAAUUGUAACUAUCAGCGAUUAUAACUACCAAAAAUUGUUACUACCAAUGACUACCAACGUAAUUAGCAAUGAUUAUAACUAUACUAAAGAUUGCAAUUGCUAACAAUUGUAACUAACCAGUGAUCGUAACUGCCAAAGAUUGUGACUACCAUGAUUACAACAACUAAUGAUUCCAACUAUCAAUGAUUGUAACUACCAGUGAUUGUAACUAUCAACGACUGCAACUACCAAUGAUUGUAACAAACAAUGAUUGCAACUAUCCACGAUUGUAAUUACCACCGAUUGUAACUAUCAAGGAUUGUAAUUACCCGCAUUUGUAACUUAUCAAUGAUUGUAACUAACAAUGAUUGCAACUAACAAUGAUUGCAACUAUCAACGAUUGUAACUACCAAUAAUUGAAACCACCAAUGAUUGUAACUUUCAUUCUUUGUUACUUGCAAUAAUUUAAAGACUAGGUAGUUAAAAAUUCUGUAACUGUCAGUAACAGAUGCUCAACUGAAUGCUAUAACUAAACAUCAACUAUUUUUCAACCACUUACUUACGAAAGUUUAAAAACUAGUUGCAUUUAAAAAAACACAGCUCAAACGCGUCUUGUUUCAAAUGCUACCAAUUUUUCAUUGAUAAAUAAAUAUAAGCUAACUUUAAUUUUUGAAAAUUUGUGUGUAAAACUAUUGCAUAAAAGUUGCCUGGAGGUUAUCUUUGCACGCGCUCGAGUUUUAGAGAAAGUGUGUAUUUGUUUGUUGUUUAAAGAAGAAGAGCUUUUCCCGCUCGCUCCUCCUGCACUGUAAUACGCACUAUAUACAUUUACAAUAAUUAACAAAAUGAAAACAUGAAUCGAUUUUAUUAAAAAAUAACCAGUUCACUUUCCUUUCAAAACAAGAAACAUUUCCCUUUUCUUUUUUCCUCUUUCUCCUUUAAGUCUAUUGAUUUAUUUUCCAUUUUUUCCUAUUGGCCUAUUUUUCUUUUUUUUCGUUCCGUAUUUUAGUCUACAUCCCUUUUUACAAGCAAUUGUCACUUUUAUUGAAAAAAACCUUUCUUGUUCCCUUUCCUUUCUUGUUUAUUUUGAAUUUCUUAUUCUGUGUUUUGGUUUGCCGGUGCGUCGCGAGCAGGAGCACAACAACAAACAACAACUACCUACAGCUCACACUAAUAUUAUUAUAUACAUGUAAUACUUAUACACACCACCAUGAUGAUAAAACGCGAAUACAUAUUAUGUGCGCAGUGCUUCAUUGCGCAGCUCUCAGUGAGACGCAGUUUGCGGGUUGCGUGGUAUGCCGACACUGGCUUGCCCUGGUCCGGUUAGGUUACCAAAAACUCUGGGUGGCCGACGAGGAAAGAGAGCGCGAAAUAAAGGAGGAGAAACAACAAGUAAGAUACUUUCUACUCGAGAACUGUCGAAUUAUCAAUUCUACAUUGCGCCAAUUUGUAAUUCACAACUUCCUUGACGAAGAUUAUUUGUACGUUGUCCAUUUUGAGAACUUUAUUACUUGCUGUCGAAUAAUCAAUUCUACAUUGUGCCAAUUUUGGAAUUUACAACUUGUUUUGUCAAAGUUUUUUGGAGCACCGUCACAAUGAGCCGAACAAACAGAAAAAGACUCGAUUCGGAACUGGAGGAAUCAGUUAGAUUAGAGUCAACUAUCUACGGACCGUCAACCAGUAAACAAUCGAAUCUAAACAUUGAAGCAAAACAGAAUCUUAAAGAAGACUCUUCUUCUUCUUCUUCUUCAGUAAUUAACAAUGAAGAUCAAUUUCCAUCGAAACUUCCAAUACCGAAGAAGAAGAAGACGACAACUGAAGACAUUGCAACUGAAGAUUCUGAAACUCCAAAAUUGCUUCAAGAUAGAAAAACUGUCAUUAAAAUUGGACUCGAAAAAUUUUGGAAGAAUGAACAAGUUUUCCGAAUAAUCAACAGAUACGCUGUUUGUAACAACUGUCAUGUCACGUGGGAGAGAGACAUUAAUGCUGAACGCAAUAUACUUAAUAUUGCGUUAAUCAAAGAAGGGAUUAUUAAAGAAUCAAGCAUUCCAAAUCCUAAAAACUUUCGGGCUGUAAAGUCUGAAAGUGCGAACGGAAAUUAAUUUAUUCCGGUUUGAAGUGCCGAAAGGCGUACUCUCUCCAUUUGUAUUGA